ACACCUCCAGGAGCUCCCGUCCUCCAGCAGCAACAUUUUCACCAGCUUCACCUGGGACUGGGACUCCAGCAAGACCUCGGAGUUUCUCUCUGGCAUGGGAGUGUCUGUCCUUAAGAAGGACAAGCUGGGCAAUGAGAACACACCACAGGACCUGCUGGUGUCAUCGUCCUGCCCUCCUCAGAAGCGGCAGAAGGUGAAGGAGAAGGAGAAGGAAAAGGACUUUUUCAUAGUGCGCCGGCCUCGGCUGCUCCGAGAGGCAGAGUCAGGUGUUUCAUGGGAUGCACUUCCAGAUGAAUUGCUUUUGGCAAUCUUUUCAUAUUUGCCCCUAAGUGACUUGCUCAGAGUUUCCCUGGUUUGUAAGAGAUGGCAUCGUCUUUCGUUUGAUGAAUCUCUCUGGCAGACUCUUGAUCUGACAGGUAGAAAUCUGCUACCAGGAGUGAUUGGACAGUUGCUGCCUGCAGGUGUUACUGUAUUCCGCUGCCCAAGAUCGUGUGUUGGGAAUCCAUUGUUUAAAACAAGCAAACCUCUGAGAGUGCAACAUAUGGAUUUGUCAAACUGCACGGUGUCUGUUGCCGAUCUCCAGAGUAUUCUUUGUCUGUGUGAAAGGCUGCAGAACCUCAGCCUAGAGGGACUAGUUCUUUCUGAUGACAUCAUGAAGAGCAUUGCUAAGAAUCCCAGUUUGAUUCGACUAAAUCUCUGUGGGUGCUCAGGAUUUUCUGCAGAAGCCUUGGAGCUGAUGUUGAGCAGCUGUUCUUUGUUGGAGGAGCUGAACUUGUCCUGGUGUGACUUCACAGCCACUCAUGUCAAAGCAGCCGUCAGUCAUAUUACAUCAAAAGUAACCCAAUUAAAUUUAAGUGGAUACAGACAGAAUCUACAAAUACCAGACGUCAAAACACUGGUGGAAAGAUGUCCUUUGCUCGUCCAUUUAGAUCUAAGUGACAGUGUGAUGUUGAAGCCUGAGUGCUUUCAGUAUUUUCACCAGCUCAUCUUUCUGCAACAUCUGUGUCUUAGCCGAUGUUAUCAGAUAUCACCAGCAGCCUUAGUAGAACUUGGUGAAAUUCCAACAUUAAAGACUCUUCAGGUAUUUGGAAUAGUGACUGAUAGCUCCCUACAGCUCCUCAAGGAGGCGCUUCCUGACAUGAAGAUCAAUUGUUCACAUUUUACAAGUAUUGCAAGGCCAACUAUUGGGAGCAAAAAGAAUCAUGAGAUUUGGGGCAUCAAAUGCAGAUUAACACUGAGAAAUCCUAGUGGCUUAUGAUCAUGUACAAUGCACUGGAUGUGAUGGACAUGCUGUGUAGUGAAGCUCCUUAUGAAGCAGAGUGCUGGAGCACCUUUAAUCAUAGUACUGUUAUUGUGAAAAGCAUUCUAACUUGGUCUUAUGCGUUAAUGUAGUUUCAUAAAUAUUUGUAGUUUCUU